UCCUCCACUGCAUCUCUCCUCCAGUUUGCUUGGCUGGGGUUGAUAACACAGCACAGCCCUACAUGGGGAUAUAGGGGCCCAGAGGAACCUUGUUGCGCCCCUGUCUGCGCUCUCACUUCGGCUGGGGAGGACCGUUCGCGCACGUCUCCAUCCAUGUCUCACCAGCGUUGCCCCGUGUCUCCAGAGGGAGCCGCAUCCAUCACCACCGCAGCUUUGGGUUACUAAAUGGUUUUCUGGGGGAGGAUUUCUAACCGGCGAGAUGCUGCUCAUACUCCUGCUGGCAGCCUUUUCUUCUUCUAUCUCCGGCUCCCUCUCCUCCUCCCUCUCCUCCCCCUCCAUGUCGGACGGACCCCCGAUGGCGGACCCGUCCACCUCGGACCUGAUGGCCGAGACCUGCAGCGCCUGCUCCUGCAUGUCUGUGGAGAAUGUGCUGUACGUCAAUUGUGAGAAGAUCACCGUCUACCGACCCACGCAGCUCAUCCCACCGGCCUCGUCCCUUUACCACCUCAACUUCCAGAACAACUACUUAAUCAUACUUUACCCAAACUCAUUCCUGAACUUCACCCACGCUGUGUCACUGCAGCUGGGGAACAAUAAACUGCAGAACAUUGAAGGUGGAGCAUUCCUGGGGAUGAGUGCAUUGAAACAGCUGCACCUGAACAAUAAUGAGUUAAAAGUGCUACGAGCGGACACUUUCCAAGGGAUAGAAAACUUGGAAUACCUUCAGGCUGACUACAACUUGAUAAAAUAUAUUGAAAAGGGAGCAUUUAACAAACUGCAUAAGCUAAAAGUGCUGAUCCUGAAUGAUAAUCUUAUACAGGCACUUCCUGACAACAUAUUUCGCUUUGCCUCACUCACCCACCUGGAUAUAAGGGGGAACAGGAUCCAGAAGCUUCCCUAUUUGGGUGUUCUGGAGCAUAUAGGGCGCAUUGUAGAGCUGCAGCUGGACGACAACCCUUGGAACUGUACCUGUGAUUUAGCACCUCUCAAAGCGUGGCUUGAAAACAUGCCCUAUAAUAUUUUCAUUGGUGAGGCCAUAUGUGAAACACCAAGUGAUUUGUAUGGGAGGCUCCUGAAAGAAACCAACAAACAGGAGCUUUGUCCCAUGGGAACAGGAAGUGACUUUGAUGUAAGGAUGCCACCUGCACCGCCAGAAAAUGGCCCCUCCAAAAUGUCCCCGACCACCGUGGCUCCCAUGGCCACAAAAUCGCCAAAAACCACAGACUCAUCAAAGAUAUACGGUAAUGGUAUUGUGGCUGGUCUGCCCCCCUUUGGAAGAAAUAGUCAGAUAGUUUCCUUUCAGACACGGACCCCUCCAUUGUUGUGCCCACAGCCCUGCAGUUGUAAAGCCCACCCAUCUGACUUUGGCAUUAGUGUCAGCUGCCAGGAGAGGAGUAUUAAAAGUCUAGCUGAUCUAAGUCCCAAACCCCCAAACGCCAAGAAACUUCACCUGAGUGGGAAUUACAUCCGUGACAUAAGUCCAACAGAUUUCCAAGGGUUUGAGGGCUUAGAUUUGUUACACCUUGGCAGUAAUCAAAUUGUCACAGUCCAGAAAGGUGUGUUUGCUAACCUCACCAACCUGAGGAGACUGUAUUUGAAUGGAAACCAGCUUGAACAGUUACACCCAGAGAUGUUUUUGGGCCUCACAAACCUACAAUACCUAUAUUUGGAAUACAAUGCCAUAAAAGAAAUCUUAGCUGGCACAUUUGACUCCAUGCCGAACCUACAACUCCUGUAUCUCAACAAUAAUGUGCUGCGGAGUCUUCCCGCUUACGUGUUUGCGGGUGUAUCUUUAGCCAGACUGAAUCUAAAAAACAAUCACUUUAUGACCCUACCAGUGAGCGGUGUCUUGGACCAGCUGCAGUCAUUGACCCAAAUAGACCUGGAAGGAAACCCAUGGGAGUGUUCCUGUGAUCUGGUCGCCCUCAAACUCUGGCUAGAGAAGCUAAGUGAUGGAGUGGCUGCCAAAGAGGUGAAGUGUUCCUCCCCUGUGCAGUUCUCCAACAAUGAGCUGCGCCUCUUGAAAAAUGAGAUACUAUGUCCUAAGCUCAUUGCAAGGCCGCCCUUUAUUCAAACUAGCGCCACCCCUGUUUUGACCUCUGUGUCGCCUGCUGGAGUUGGCAAAGCACCACCGGGAGGACCUGUGCCUCUCUCGAUUAUGAUCCUUAGCAUCCUUGUAGUGCUUAUUCUGACUGUGUUUGUGGCCUUCUGCCUUUUGGUCUUUGUCUUGAGGCGCAACAAAAAACCAGUGGGUAGGCAGGAGGGGCUAGGGAAUCAGGAGUGUGGCUCUAUGUCAUUGCAGCUCCGCAGACACAACCAUAAAUCUGGCAAGAAAGGUUCUAUCCCAGGAGACGACUUGGGAGGCGAGACAUUCAUCCCCCAGACCAUUGAGCACAUUGGCAAGAGCCACACCUGCGGAAUCGGACGCUCCUCAGACAUGGAUGCUGGGUUCAAGUUUGCAGAUUCACAGAGGCAGAAGAUCAUCUUCCGGAACACCAGUGAUAAGGAUAAAGAUGCUCUCUCCACCCUGGAGCGCAACAAACGCCUCAGCACCAUAGAUGAACUGGAGGAGUUCCUUCCCAACCGAGAGCCCAGCAUGUUCAUUCAGAACUUCUUGGACAGCAAAAGAGAUUUCAACAGCAUAGGUAUGGGUGGGUACGAAAUCCGCUACCCGGAGAAAACGCUGGAUAAAAAGAUGAAGAAGUCGUCACUGAUAGGCGGGAACCACAGUAAGAUCGUGGUGGAGCAGAGAAAAAGUGAGUAUUACGAGCUGAAAGCCAAGCUCCAAGGAACGCCUGAUUACCUGCAGGUGCUCGAGGAGCAGACUGCAUUGAGUAAAAUGUAGGGAAUCCUGUGUUUGGUUUAGUGCAUUGAUUACACAUACACAAGGAAUCAGACACAUAUACAGGCAGACAGACAGACAGCCAAACACACCUGCCUUUCUGUGGUUCUGUUUUCCCCUCAAGUCGCACACACACACACACACACGGACAAACACGGACACACACACACGGACAAACACGGACACACACACACACACACACACACACACACACACAGCAAAAAGUGCCUUCUGGAAAUCCUUAAUGACCAAUGCAGAGAUGGACAAAAUGGCUUCACACUACAAAGCUAUUACUAGAAUCAGCGUGGAUGAUUUCCACAGUAAAAGACCUUUUGGAUUAUCCAUGCCACUACAUGUAUGAAUCCCACAUACAUACCACAGGACACCAUAAAAAGCAACCAGACAGUCACAGUAAUUUCAGCUGCUAUUGAAAUGGAUACUUACCUUGUUAUUUUUUUGUUGUUCUUGUUCAUCUUUUUCUCCUCCUUUUGUUUUUUCAACCAAAUCAAAGGGUCUUGAAAACAGUGCUUGAGAAUAUACCUCGCCGUCUUCAACCCUCAUUUAAAAGAGAGGGAGAAAAAAAGGAGGCAGCAAUGGCUGUUGUUCUUUUGCUCUGGAAAGUAUCCAAAAUCACUACUUCUGGGAUGAGAUUAACAGAAUCAAUGACUCAGUGGAUGCUACUUUGCUUCUUCUUCCUUUUUUUUUUAAUUUGCGAGGAUAUGUGUUUGUUCUUGGGGGUGCUCUCUGGAGUCGGCUGCAGACUCUCUGCCAUCUUGUCUGGAUUACACACCAGUAGCAGUACACCUGCUCUUUGCCGGAAGGCUAAACGGUUCCUGUUUACCAUUCAUGGGAAAUAGAGGAACUGCAAAACUCUUUUGGGGAAUGAUUUUGUGACUAGUUUUCUUUGUGUAAAGAGCCAUGUUAAAUAUAGUGUCUUCUGAAUGGAGUUGUGUUCCUCUUCAAAAUUGCUACUUAACAGUAACUGUAUGUUUUGGGUGAAAUCUAACGGCACAUACACUGUCAGAGGACGUUGUUUCAGAAAAAUGAAAAACCCAAGGAUAAAAAAAAAGAAUUACAAAGCUGCUUGCCAUGUAAGCGUAACCUGGAAUUUAUUUUGUAAGUCUUACAUUAUUUGUAUCUGUGGGACUGGUUUGUAAAUUACAAGGAAAGAUAAACAUCUACACACACACAGACACACACACACACACACAUGCUGUAUGAUGGAGCAUCAUCAUCAAGAGACUUCAAGCCAGAAUUGUCAAACAAACCGCUAAUGUAAUUCAAUCAGUGAUCCGCCUCCCCUUGUCAGCACUCAAUUCGUAGUAAAAAAAAUUUAACAACAUAGUUAAUUUAUUUUUCUAUGCAGGAUUAUUUAAAGAGUUAUUGGUAUUAUUUCAAAAGAAUAAUACACAAAGAGUGGAAAGGACUUGAUAGAACGAUGCAUCAGAGCUGAUUCAGGCCACCAGAAGUGACUGUUGAGUUGAUUCAAGGGUUUUUGUUUCUCUCAAUUCACUGAAGAACUUGACCCAGUGGACGAGGGUUGUGACAUGUGAUCUGUGAUGUUUCCUUUUCUAUUGUGCCGCACUACAAACCGAGGCCUGGUAGAGUCUGUGACGUUUCAAGCAGUUUCCUUAUUCUUAUAUCUCCCACGAUAUCUUGUUAAAGGUUUCUCAUUAACAUUAUGCAACCAAAAUAAAUGUGCAUUAAACUUGAUAUGGUUCUGGGGAUUGCUGGGACGGGAAUGGGUUGCAGUCAGAGGACAGGGAAGGCCACGAAUUGAGGCUCUAAAUUGUCUGAUUUGGAAAGAAUCAUAUCAUAAAACACCAUGUGCAAUAUUAGUAAAAAUGCUCAGUCAUGAUGGCUUCAAAUAAUUUUGUUUAAUUUAUUUAGUUUGAGGUUAUAUUGUCAAGACAGGUUCUAUUUCGAAAUUCUUUUAUCAACUUAACUCUAUCCGGUCCUUAUUUAAAAGUAUUGUUAAGUUAAAAUUAUGAGUGUUUAUUGACAUUACAAAUGAAUAGAAUGUAUCUUGGAAAGUAUAAUAAAUACAGUUUUCUAUCAGUCAUAAAUCUCCUGUAUAUUGGUUAAUUUUCUCUUGUAUAAUCAUGUUGAAAUCAAGGUAUUAA